UUGUUUUAUAUUUUGGUUUAGCUUUGCCGCCUCUGCGCAAACGAUGGCCCGUAGGCUCUGUUCCCGCCUCUUUUCCUUCACAAAUCCAAAGCUUUGUUCGCUGCCACCAUCAUUUUCAAGGUCAGAAUCUGCUUUUAAUUCAUUGCUAAGCGGUCCAACAAGUCAUAUAAUCGGUGGGUUUUACCCAAAAUUUCAAGUGUUGCGAUCAUAUGCUCGUGGAGGGCGUAAACAUUAUGAUCUCUUUGGGAGCAAGACGCCAGGUGAUAAAGAUUUCAGGAAGGCCUGGCAGAAAGAAAUGGAUGAAGAUGAGACCUUAUGGACUGGUAGUGAAGAUGAAAGUGAUCCUGAAAAUGAUGAAACUGAUUCUAAAAAUGGUCCAAGUCGUCUGGAGAGAGAGAUACGGAAAGUGAGACAGCAGGCAAAGGAGCAUUCAGAGCUAAUUGAUGCUGAUGACAGCGAUGAGUUGAGAAGCGUAUGGUCGGGAAGCGAUGAGGAAAAGACUUUGUGGACUGGUAGUGAAUGUGAUGAUGAUGAUGAUAUUCCUACAGAAGCUUACCCUAAUGAAACUAGUGAUAAGUAUAUAGAUAAACUUUUUGAGUUUGAGGAAAAACCUAAAUACCGGACCAUCUCGGAACUUUUGAAAUCUGAAAAGGAACCUGAGGAGUUAUCCCCAGGAAAAAAAGCAAGGAAACUUGCAGUCGAAAACGCCUUGAAGAAACUGAAGAAAGGGCCAGAUGGACGUUAUACUAAUGUUUGGGAAGUCAUGAGUGAUAUAGACAUUUUAAUUGGAGCUUUUGAAAAUAUUGUUUCUGGACCGGAGUAUGAGGAGCUUCGACAAGGGGGACCUAAGAAAUUGGAUAUGCAGUUUUUUAAGGAUAUUCAAGCACACAUGAGGGAUCCGAACUAUAAGUUCUCACCUGAAUUAAAGUUGAAACCAAAAAGCAAGCUGGUUCCCAAAAAGAAAUGGCAGAAGGCACAGUCUAGACGUAGGAAAGCACAGAAGCGAUAAGCAAUAUUUUCUGCUCCUCUUUGACAUUAACUAGCUUACCUGUAUAUUAUUUGAGUCUUCUGGCAUUGUGCUAUGAAUGUCCUCAGCACUCCAUAUAAGAUCUUGCUUCAUUUAGAAAAUUCUCAGUGCAAUGUUGUUUAGAAAUACAAAAAACUAUUUCUUUAAUUACUCUUCAAUGAUUUUCCUUACUCUUAA